UUGAUGGUCAGAUUAACACUCUUCUGUAAGCAAGUGACGAGGCACCACUGCACCAGUAGGUUGUGAGGCAGCCCCAACCAUGGCGGAAAGGAGUCUACCCAAGUAUACGCGAGGUAGAAGAAACACUCAUCGAUCUUCUUCCUCUUCCACUUUCGCCGAUUCAUCUUUGCAUUUCCAAUCUUCCCGCAAAUUUCAAUCAAAUAAUCCCACAAAUCACACCACUAGAUCUUCAGAACCCAAUUCGAACCCAAAUGAUAACAACAUCACCAAUUGGGACACCGCCGAUGACCAAGCGAAUCAUCCAACCUUAGUCGGAACUUGCCCUUUCAUGUGCCCAGUUGAGGAGAGGGUGCAACGUGAGCGUCUCAGAGAUUUAGCUGUGUUCGAGAGAUUACAUGGAAAUCCCAGGAAAUCGUCUCCGACCCUUGCUGUUAAAAAGUUUUGCAGAACCAUAUCUGCAAAACAUGACCAAGCUUCAAAUGUGCGGCCUCUCUCAGUGUUGGAAGACACUUUAAACUACCUUUCCAACUUGUGGGAUUCCACAGAACAUCCGUUUGAAGUAGUUCAUGACUUCAUCUUUGAUAGGACAAGGUCCAUAAGGCAAGACCUUAGUAUGCAAAACAUCGUGGGUGGUCAAGUGAUCCAGCUGUAUGAGAGAAUGGUUAAAUUUCAUGUCAUAUCCCACCACAAGCUUCGAAGAUGUUGUGGCAAUUCAAAUAUAUCUUCAAUGCAUCACCUCAACAUGGAGCAACUUACAAAGGCUGUGACAUCUUUAUAUAACCUGUAUGAAGCAAAUCGAACUUCCCAUUCCAUUUAUGAGAAUGAAGCUGAAUUUCGUUCAUUUUAUGUGCUUCUUCAUCUUGGUUCUGACAGCCAACCAAUGGGGGAGUCAAUUUCUUUGUGGUUCCGUCGUGUUCCUUCUCUUGUUAUGAAGUCAAAGGAAAUGUGUUUUGCUCGGAGAGUUUUAAGAUACUUUCGUUUGGGCAAUUACAAGCACUUCAUUUGUACUACGGAGGCUGAGGCAUCCUAUCUGCAGUAUUGCAUUAUUGAACCUUACAUCUGUGAGGUUGUUUCCAUUUUAUUAGCGUUUUUAUUUUUAUCUAAAGUGGUACAUUCUGUCUUUAAAAAUGCAUUGUGCUUGAGUUCUCCAAGGAGGCGAGUGUGUCAUGUUUCUCUCACACUCUACAACCUUUAUUUUCUGUUUAUCGUAUAUAUUUUUCUCUUGUAAUUUGAGAGAACCUCACCGUCUCACUAACUCUAGAUAGCUGAGCCGUUGAAUGAAAUUUGACUCCUAUAUCCUCCAAAAUUCCAGACCUUUCCCCCCAAAAGAAAUGAAAAAAAUAUUUAUAAACCCACAUGCACAGACCUAAGGGAAAAAAAGAACGAUAAAGAAAGAAAAGGAAAGGAGUGGCCCUUCCUCUUCUUUGUCUUGUUUCUUAGCUGGAACUAAUUUAUCUGAACUUAGUAGUUUUUUAUCGUUGUCAUUGGUUGGCUACAUGAUUUCCUGAUUUCUUGUACUUUUUAUUCUAUUGACAUUGAUCUUCCUUUAAAAUUGUGUUGUAGUGUUUGGCACUUCAAUUGUAUUGUUUUUCUUUGUGAUUUAUGGACCUUAAGUUCUCAAUCUUAAUUUGCUUGUUUUACAAAUUGUUCCAUGGUUGUUGGAACCAAGAUCUUCACUGCCUUUUUCUCAAGCAUUCUGCAGACACUCUCUGCUUUGGUAAAAAAGAACUGUCUUUGAUCACCUCUGUGUUCUUGCUUCUUCAUUGUGUAUUAUAUAAAAGGUUCAAGCAUUGGCAGUGUGCUGUGUGAAUUACGGAGGUUACAAGCUUAAUCCAUAUCCAUUGGAAGACCUAUCUAGACUCUUGAUGAUGAAGGAAUCAGAUGUGGAAUCCUUCUGCAGUGGUUGCGGUCUGCAAAUAUACACAGAUGAAAUAGGAAAGAAGUUCUUGCCCACCAAGCAAACAAAUUUUUCCCACCCCAAAAAAGUGUUUCAGAAUUACUCUCUUUUGCAAUCGGAGCGACUAGAGAGGGCAGCAGCUGAAUGCUCAAAGCUCCUUUGAUUGCAAAUUGGAUAAUGCGACGCAAGCAGUCACUUGCUUCACUGAGGAAAAAAUUGCAGCAGGGGCAAAAACCUUGUGGGCUUAAUCAGAUGCUGGCCAAAACAAAGGCUCUGCCAUGGCUCUUGGUGGGGCAAAGGAUACGGAGAUGCCAAGUUUGUUUCACUUUCCCAAUUUUCAGAGCUGAUUUGAAACCCAUGUCAAGUACAUAUGGUCACGUACUUCAAUUCAGCAACUGAUCCAAAUCCUCAGUUAGGCAACUUUGGAUCUGAGAGACCUGUCUGUAGUAUCUUCUUUAAUCCUGUAUUACUGUCAGGUAUGUAAAUAAUUGUCGCAGAAAGCUAGACGAUGAAGUCUCUGCUGUAUACUUUGUUGAUGCAAUGUUUGGGUUGUUUAAACAAAAAUGUUCUACCCGACUGAGGGGGGAGAGAGAUCAAGCUUGAUUCGAUCCCAACCGACGUUCUUAUUCUCCAGCUGACAUGAAUGGUCUUACACCAUCAUAUUUCAACCUUCCUCCCGACUUCUUUGGUAAACAAACCAACUAAAAGGUUUUUCAUGUUGGAUGGUAGUAUCGUUUUAAAUUUGUUAAUUGUUGAAUGCUUAUGUGUCGAACCUCCGUGCGAAA